GAAAAUUGGCAAUUUAUUUUGAAUAUUUCGUGAGUGUUAUCAAGAGUUCUAUAAGGGCAUCUAGAGUCAUAGGUCUUCAUGUAUCACGUGGGUUACACGGAUAAACACCAUAAAGAAUGAUCAGUGUAAAGUGAACGCUGCUUCAGUUAACAGAAAAAAUGACGGGCCACCAACUAGCCAAGAAAAAACCCUUCAAACUGAACAAUCUAGAAUCGGUGAAUCGCAUCACCACCUUGCCCAUAGUUGAAUCAGGAUGGAAUUUUGCCGAAGGCAUCUACCACCGAAUCAAAAAAUCAAACAAUUUGGUUUACUGGACUUUACAACAAGCCGAGUCUUCUCUACAAACUUGUGUCGAAACGGCUCUACCAACUAUAGCUUUGUUUGAAACCCCGAUCUCUUCCAUCGACAAAAUCCUAUGCAAAGGCUUAGACGUGGUCGAACACCAAAUUCCAUCAAUCGGCUUGCCUCCAGAAAUGAUUUACUGGAAUACCAAGCAAUACGUGAGCGAUGUGAGCAGCAAAAUCGUCAAACCAGUGCUCAAACGUGCCGAUUCAGUCAAACAAAUCGGCACUACGGUCCUGUCCAGCAAAUACACCGAAUUUGCAGCCAGUACUCUCGAUGGUGCCUUAGAUGUUGCCGAUAAAUACGUGGAUAAGUACCUCCCAGCUGCUGUAUACGAUCCCCAGAACAUUAAUGAGCCGGAGAUCAAAAAAAAUGAUGGGCCUGCAGGCCGUGCCUUGCAAACCAUUCACCAUGUGGGCCGUUUCUCCGGAAAGUUGCAGAGGAGACUCACUAAGCGAACGCUUGCCGAAGCUAAGGCUUUGAAGGAGCAAAGCGCUGAAGCUAUCAAUGUUCUGAUCUAUGUGGCCGAAUUGAUUGCAACAGACCCCAAGCUUGCCUUUGCCAAAGGCAAGGAACUGUGGGCGAGUCUGAGCAAGGACGAGCCUGAAAACCAGGCACGUCCUGAAAACUUGGAGCAGUUGAUUGUGCUACUGACUCGCGAGUCCGCCCGUAGAGUGGUUCAUUUGAUUAACUUCACCAGUGCCGUCAUCAGUAAAGUGCCCAAGCAAAUCACCAACUCCUUCCUGGCCACUCUGUCGAUUUUCCUGCACUUUGCCGACUCCAUGGUCAAGAGUGUCCAUUUGGAGGGGGUUCAGCAAGCUCUCGUCACUACUCUCAAAUAUCAGGCACACCAUUUUACGCUGUUGCUUAAGCAAAUAAACAUUUACUUCACUGAUAUUUUGGACAAUGUUGCGCAAUCCUUGGUUGAAGUACCCGAAACACAAAAAUCUGCCCUUGAAGUACCAAAAAUCAAACUGCAACUAAGAGCAGUCAAUAGAAUUAAUAACUCAAAUGGAGUCGACUCCAACUCCAAUUAAUUGUAAGUCUAGGCGUAGUUUAGGUAGGUAUGUACAGUCACAAUCUAAAUGAAUGACACCCCUAAAACCUAGCCACAAUGUGUUAGUUUGUAACACCAGCUAGAUAUUGUGUAAACUAGCUGGGCAGUUGGUAAACAAAAUAGUUUAUUGAAACUAUGGUAGGGGUUUUGAUUGUGACUGUACCCAUUUUGCAACGUAUUAUCUUAUUUAGACUAUAAUUCUUUGUAACGGCUAAUUAGGGUAACAAUACUUUGACGUUCAAUCCUUUAUUUAAAUAAUCUUACAUUGUAGGGUCCGUAUAUUACUAUGCAUUACAAUAAAUAAAAACUCCUUGUGUAAGCAAUAUAAAUAAAACGUGAUCAGCCUU